AUGUUAAUAGGGGCCGAUAUUUACUGGUCCAUAGUAAAAGACGACUUCAAAAGAAUAACCGACAACCUUGUCGCCAUUGACACCAUUUUCGGAUGGACACUACAAGGACCUAUAUCGACCCAAGGCACGUCAGUAACAUCUACGAAUCUCAAUGUUGGUGUAAUUGAGGACAACUCACUUGAAUCUUUAGUUGAUCGGAUUGAACGAUUAUGGGUUGUUGACGAUAUUACAUCAAAUCAUCAUAAGCUUCAAGUGGAUGAUAUUAUCGAAAAACACAUUCGGAAAAAUGGCACGCGAUAUGAAGCAUCAUUGCUAUGGAGAAACGACAAAUGCACUAUUGAUAACAACCGCGGUGGCGCUCUCAAAGGACUUCGACGUUCAUUGGUGAAGCUUAGUGAGGAUCCGGAAAAGUUAAGGCAAUACGAUGAAAUCAUAUGGGAGAUGAUUUCAAGUGGUGUUGCAGAAAUUUGCGAUGAAGCAGAAAAAACCAACGAACGGACUUAUUUUAUGCCACAUCGACCGGUGUAUCGGGAGGAAAGAGAGACCACAAAAAUGCGUAUUGUGUUUAACGCAUCAGCACGAUCUGGUGGUAACCCCUCAUUAAACGACUUAUUGUGGUCAGGACCAAACCUUUUACCAGACAUAUUAAAAAUGAUUUUGAACUUCAGGCUUGGCAAACAUGGAAUUACGGCCGAUAUCGAACGAGCUUUCUUGCAGAUAGAGCUGGCACAAAAGGAUCGAAAAGUACAUCGUUUUUUCUGGAUUUUAUCCUUGGAUGAUUUGCUUUCAAUAAUCAUUCUUCAAAUGAAUAGGGUAACCUUCGGAGUCACCUGCAGCUUUCAUCUGAUUGAAGCAUUGUUGAAACAUUUGGAGGAUGAAUCAAUCAAUUUUCCUGAAACCUGUGAACUACUAAAAUCGUUUUAUGUGGAUGACCUAAUCGUAAGUGUUGACGAUUUUGAAGACGCUGUAAAAUUGUUCAACGAAACACGUGAAAUAUUGUCCAGAGCAUCGAUGAACAUACGUAAAUGGAAGUCGAACAACGAGAAACUAAGACAAAUUUUCGAUACAAAUGAAAGCAACAAUAUUUCAAAACACAAGGUGUUAGGACUCAUAUGGUUUAUGGAAAUUGAUACCCUUGCAGUGGAUCUGCAAAAGCUUUGUCAACAGAUAUCUUUCGAUGUAGUAACGAAACGAACCAUUCUUCAAACGUUAGCAUCUUUUUAUGACCCUUUGGGAAUGUUAUCACCAUUUGUCAUAAAAAUGAAGCUCAUUUUCCAAGAGGCUUGA